ACACACAUUCUACGUUCCAACUCCUCCCACCUCUCACAUCUUCCUAGACCUAACGCGAAAGAGGUACGUCCAGACUCCAUAAAAAUGUCUUGCCACCAUUGUUAAGUAAAUAAUCUGUUAGAGAGGAUAUAUAUUACUGUGUUGUGCUUUCUUUUUUCCCCUCCAAAUAGAAAAAUAAUACGCGUACGUAAAAUAACCUAACUGUGAUCGAAGGAAGGGAGAGAUGUGGAGGCUAAAGAUUGCACAAGGAGGGAAUAGUCCGUAUCUAUACAGCACCAACGAAUACGUUGGGAGGCAGAUAUGGGAGUUCGAUCCGGACGCGGGAACUCCCGAGGAGCGUGCCGAGGUGGAGCAAGCUCGCCUUCAUUUCCACAACAGCCGCUUCAAGGUCAAGCCUAGUGGAGACCUACUAUGGCGAAUGCAGUUUCUAAGAGAGAAGAACUUCAAACAAACCAUUCCUCGCGUAAAGAUAGUGGACGAAGAAGAGAUAACACAUGAGAAGGCAUCGGCCACUUUGAGGAGAAGCGUCUAUUUCUUUUCAGCCUUGCAAGCCAGUGAUGGCCAUUGGCCUGCAGAAAAUUCUGGCGUUCUCUUCUUUCACCCUCCUUUGGUGAUAUGUUUGUUUAUUACUGGGCACCUCAACAUUGUCUUCUCUACAGAACAUCGAAAAGAGAUCCUUCGAUAUGUGUAUAAUCAUCAGAAUGAAGAUGGCGGGUGGGGCUUACAUGUAGAGAGCCACAGCACCAUGCUCACUACAGUACUUAACUAUAUAUGCAUGCGUAUACUUGGAGAAGGUCCUGAUGGUGGCGAGAACAAUGCUUGUGCCAGAGGGAGAAAGUGGAUUCUUGAUCGUGGCGGCGCCAUAAACAUAUCCUUCUUGGGAAAGAUUUGGCUUUCAGUACUUGGUAUUUAUGACUGGUCUGGGACCAAACCUGUGCCUCCUGAAUUACUGAUACUUCCCUCAUUUCUUCCCAUGUAUCCAGCUAAGUUGUGGUGCUAUUUUCGGACCCUUUACAUGGCCACAUCAUAUUUGUAUGGAAGAAGAUUUGUAGCACCAAUUACACCUCUCAUUCGACAAUUGAGAGAGGAACUUCUAACUCAACCCUAUGGCAACAUCUCUUGGAAGAAAGCUCGACAUCUAUGUGCCGAGGAGGAUCUCUACUAUUCACAUCCUUCAGUGAUAGAUUUGCUGUGGGAUGGUUUUUACAUACUAACAGAACCUUUUCUAAACCGUUGGCCUCUAAACAAGUUGAGAGAAAAGGCUCUUAAAACGGCAAUGAAGCAUAAUCAUUACGAAGAUGAGAACAGCCGAUACAUCACUUUGGGAUGUGGGGAAAAGGUAUUAAGUAUGCUUGCCUGUUGGGUGGAGGAUCCAAAUGGUGAAUACUUCAAGAAGCAUCUCGCUAGGGUUCAAGAUUAUAUAUGGGUUGCUGAAGAUGGAAUGAAGAUGCAGAGUUUUGGUAGUCAACUAUGGGAUACAAGCUUGGGAAUCCAAGCUUUGCUUGCUAGUAAUCUAGCCAACGAAAUAGGACUAGUACUCAUGAAAGGCCACGACUUCAUUAAGAGAUCACAGGUCAAGGAUGAUCCUUCUGGUGACUUCCACAGCAUGUAUCGUCAUAUUUCUAAAGGAUCGUGGACUUUUUCCGAGCAAGAUCAUGGUUGGCAAUUGUCUGAUUGCACCGCAGAAGGUUUGAUGUGUUGCUUGCUUUUUUCACAAAUGCCACAAGAAAUCGUAGGUGAGAAGGUGGAGCCAGAGAGACUAUAUGACGCGGUCAACAUUAUACUUUCUCUACAGAGUAAAAAUGGUGGAUUGUCAGCAUGGGAGCCUGCAAUUUCUGCAAAAUGGUUGGAACUCCUCAAUCCAUUUGAAUUUCUCGAGGACAUUAUCAUUGAGCACGAAUACGUGGAAUGCACUUCAUCAGCUAUCAAGUCUUUAGUUUUGUUCAAGGAAUUGUACCCGGGGCACCGGACAGAAGAGAUCCAAGAUUGCAUAACUAACGCAGUCCGAUACCUCGAAAGCGUACAAAUGACAGAUGGAUCAUGGUAUGGAGAGUGGGGAGUUUGUUUUAUAUAUUCCACAUGGUUUGCACUCAUGGCACUCGAAGCCGCCGGCAAAAGCUACGAGGAUUGUGCCGCUAUUCGCAGAGGCGUAGCUUUCCUCCUUCAAAUACAAUCACCGGAUGGUGGCUGGGGGGAGAGCUACCUUUCUUGCCCAAGAAAGAUAUACACACCACUUGAAGGAAAUAGAUCAAACUUGGUUCAAACUGCAUGGGCUAUGAUGGGUCUCGUUCAUGCUGGCCAGGCAAAAAGGGAUCCAAUUCCCCUACAUCGAGCAGCAAAGCUGAUAAUUAAUUCCCAGAUGGAAAAUGGCGAUUUUCCUCAACAGGAAAUUACCGGAUGUUUCAAGAAGAAUUGCAUGUUGCACUAUCCAAAUUAUAGGAAUAUUUUUCUCAUAUGGGCACUUGCCGAAUAUUGCAACUUGGUGCUUUUGAAUCCUUGAAGAACUAAAUAAAUCUUGUCUUAAACUGUGUCCAUCUCAUUACAAUUGAAGGACACAUAAAUGUUGAUUUCUUGUGCAACCUUGCUUUAAGAAUAGACGUGUAACCAUGGAUACCAUAUUUCACUUUGUAGUAAGUAAGUGACACUCCAAAUCUCACAUUAAUGGCUGGGAGAUGUGGCCCACAAGAGUUCCCACCUUGAAUACUCA